GCACAGCUUCCUCUCCUUCUGUCUCCAGAGCAGCUAAUCAUUUACCAAGUGGGUGUCCUCCCCAGUCACUUCUACAGCGUGCUGGCAGACAAAGAUUACCCGGGCUUCCAGAGUCUGGUGGGCACGGCCAUGGUGCUCAUCUUACUCAACUCCACGUUGAAAAGUAUGGACCAGUACAUUUGCAAUCAGAUGUAUGUUAGCUGGAGGAGGACGCUAACUGAGAGCCUCCACACGUCCUACUUCCAGGGCCGAGUCUAUUACACGCUCAAUGUGCUCAGAGAGGAUAUAGACAAUCCAGACCAGCGCAUCAGUCAGGAUGCAGAGAGGUUGUGUAAGCAGAUGAGCACCAUGGCCAGUCGCUUGAUUGUAUCACCGUUCACGCUGGCUUACUACUCCUACCACUGCUUUUAUAGCACCGGCUGGAUCGGCCCUGUGAGUAUCUUUGGCUACUUUGUGAUUGGCACCAUCGCCAAUAAAAUCCUUAUGGGCCCGAUUGUGUCCACUCUGUUUGAGCAAGAAAAACUGGAGGGAGACUUCAGGUUCAAGCACAUGCAGAUCCGUGUCAAUGCAGAGUCUGCGGCUUUUUAUAGAGCCGGUAAAGUGGAGCACAUGAGGACCGACCGUAGGCUGCAGACUCUGUUACAAACUCAGAAGAGUCUCAUCAACAAAGAGCUCUGGCUUUAUAUCGGGGUAAACACGUUCGACUACCUCGGAGGUUAUCUCAGCUACAUUAUCAUCGCCAUUCCCAUCUUCACUGGUAUCUAUGAUGGACUCACUCCCGGGGAGCUCAGUGCGCUCAUCAGUAAGAACGCCUUUGUGUGCAUCUACUUGAUAAAUGGCUUCACGCAGCUCAUAGACCUGUCCAGCACCCUGUCCGACGUGGCCGGAUACACACACAGGAUCGGGGAGCUGAGGGAGGUGAUGGAUGACAUCCUACACAAGCAGUGCGAUUAUGACCCGGCAUCGGGCGAAAGCUACGACUUUGACAGUGACUUCAACAUCCACGCGGGCCCCACGGACACCGCCUUCAUCCUGGACCAUCUUUCGUACAAAUCUCCUUACUCGGACAAGUUGCUGGUGGAGGAUCUGAGUGUGAAGAUCAGCCAGGGAACACAUCUUCUGGUGGUGGGCAACACGGGCACCGGCAAGACGUCGCUGCUGAGGGUCCUCAACCGACUCUGGGAGGCACACAGCGGUUUUGUCCAAAUGACCACAUGUUUCGGGCCCAGAGGAACCCUCUUCCUGCCCCAGAAACCUUACCUGACGGACGGCACACUGCGGGAACAGGUGAUCUACCCGUUGAAGGAUAUUUACCCUGCAUCAGGGUCGGUGGACGAUGACAGAAUUAUACAAUUCCUGGAAUUAGCCGGAGUGGCCAGUCUCCUCGAGCGGACAGGCGGUCUGGAUGAAACGGUGGACUGGAACUGGUAUGAUGUUCUGUCUCCAGGUGAAAUGCAGCGUCUCUGCUUCGCUCGUCUCUUCUACCUGCAGCCCAAAUACGCAGUGUUGGAUGAGGCCACCAGCGCUCUGACGGAGGAGGCAGAAGCACAGCUGUACUCGACCUGUAAACAGCUGGGCAUGACGUUGGUCAGCCUGGGACACCGCAGCAGCCUGGUGAAGUACCAUGACGUCCAGUUGAAACUGUGUGGAGGAGGCCUGUGGGAGUUGACCAAGUUAAAAGGAAGCAGCAGGAGCCUCGGAGAAGAAGCGCUGUGACUGUCUCUUGACAUGAAGGAAGCUUCGAUGUGGGAGACGAGGAGAUAAAACGCUCCCAAAUUCCUCCGUUCGUAACACGCAAGUGCUGCUUUAAAACCCGCACUCCUACAAUUUGAUUGUAUUCACAUCACGGAGGCAGAGCUCGACCUAAACGUUCUGGACCCAAAGACUUUGCCAAUCCAAUGGUUUGGACGGCUCUGAAAUGAUCAGAGAAAAAUCCCUCGUGAAAACCAAUCAACACUUUUGAACCUUAACUAUCGUACUUAUUACAUUUGUUUAUUGUUUACAAUCAUUGAUUUACUCACAAGUGAGUACAUCUGUGGGUUAUACAUAGUUUUUAUGUAUCUGAUUUCAUACAAAUGUUAUGUACAAUAAAAACAAAGGAUUAUUUUAAAUAGUUUGAUACAUUUGCACUAGUUAAUUGAAAUAGUGGGUAACGUGCGAGCACAACUUCCACGUUUCAGAAACCACCUCACAGUUGUUGUGGUUCACCACAGAGCUCGAGGUGACCUUGGAUGAUCUCGUUAACUGCUGCAGGGUCCUCCAGCGUGCUGAGGUCGCCCAUCCCGUCCAAGUCGCGCUCCACCACCUUCCGCAGCACCCGGCGCAUUAUCUUACCCGAGCGCGUCUUUGGCAGCCGCUGGACGAUCUGAGAGAAUGACGGGACUUGAGUACAAGUUGGUAUCGAACGUGGAUUCCAAGGCGGUGAGGCAGCGUUACCUGGAUGAAGUCUGGACAGGCGUACUUGGCGAUCUUUUCAGAGACCAUGUUCCUCAGCUGCUGACAAAGGUCGGCCCCCUGAACCUCCUCGCCCUUUUUUAGCACCACAAAGGCAUAAACCCCUGAAAGCCAGGAGACAUGUUUACCAUGAUGGACGUUCCUGCUGCUUUUGAACAAACACGUUUACAUGCAGUUCUUUUGCUGAAAAUAAUGCAAUGGUCACCUUGUCCUUUGAUGUUAUGAGAGUAUCCUAUGACUGCAGACUCGGCCACUGCGGAGGAUUGAUUCUGUUACAGAAAGUAGGGAAAGAAAUAUGAACUGCUUAACAUAGAUGUCUCCCUGGAGAAUUUUAAAUCACCUUUAAUUGACUGCUCAAGGAUUCUGAAAUGUUUUAUAUAUAAAUCAGGUUUUACAUUUUUCAAUAUGGUGAUGCUGGUUAAAAAAAUUAACAGCUUGAUAAAUAAUGUAUGAAUUGCAACGUUUAAUGUAAAUUGUAAAUGAUUCACAGGCUUGUUUCAAAUUUUCUCAUUGAGCCAUUAAACAGUCAAAUUUC